AUGGCGAGUAAUGACGCUAUACUCGAGCAAGAGUCUGGGCAGUUGAAUCCAAUAGCAUGCAGCCAUUGUCGACAACGAAAACGCAAGGUGAGACGAAUUGAACAGCCAAGAAGACCAGGCGAGACGUUGACUAACAAGAGUUUGCAGUGUGACAGAAACAUAGGCCUCCCGAUCGGGUUUAUAACAAGACUAGAAGCACGUCUGGCUGAAACGGAAGAAGCUCUUUUUCGGCUCGUCCAAUCUAUCGAGGAAUCUGAGGAUAACCAAGUCUCACUCAAACCCUCAUCUCAACGAAAAGAUGACCGUAUCCGAGAAUGGGAUAGUCUUCCUCUAAGAACGCCUGAGCAAGUCAAGUCGUGGUACCGGAAUAGGUUGGGGCAAAGUGAUACUCCAAUCGUACAUGAUGUCUCGAUGGACUUGGAUCAACAAGAAUCAUCUACCCAUGUCAUAUCAUCUGGUGCAGAUGGCGUUGAGUUUCCCGAUGAUGGUCAGAGUAACUCUGGAGCAGAAAUUAUGUUACCUGAUGCGGAUGUCGAAGUUGAUUCAACGACUGAAAUUCAUACCUCUGGAGUGCCUGUUGGAAGCAAGGCCAAGGAUAUGGAACACAGGAAUCCACAUUUGUAUUUCUAA